AUGCCCCACGCUGACUCUUCUCUCGUCCCGGAGGAAAUCAAGACGAAGCAGCAGUUCUACGAGCAUGUUCACGAGCAGCUUCGCGCCCUGCUGAGCGACUCGACGUUCUGGGUGUCCAACCUCGCGCAAGCUAGUGCUCUGCUGUACCACUCGUACGCGGGCACGUCACUGUAUGGACUAAACGGUACUUCGCCUGUGGUCAACUGGGUCGGCUUCUACAUUCAGCAGAACGGAGAAGGUGACCUCAUCGUUGGACCGUACCAGGGUCGACCAGCCUGCGCGGUCAUUAAGGCGAAGGCGGGCCGCGGCGUCUGUGCUGACGCAUUCGUCGGUGACAAGGGAGUUGUUGUCACAAACGUGGACGAGUACCCAGGACACAUCGCAUGCGACGGAGAAACAAAGGCCGAAGUUGUCCUGCCCUUGAGGCUGAAGACGCCCGAGGGGGACAAGACUGUUGGAGUCCUUGACCUCGACUCGACGGUGCUCGCGACUUUCGACGAGGUCGACCUCAACGGGUUGCAGACAGUUGUUGAUAUUCUGAGAGAGACCUCUCAUUGGGCAUAG